AUUCUCCUCAUUAUCCUUUUCUUAGCCCCCGUUUCUGUUCUAUUAUUUCCAUCGCCUUAUUCGAGACAUCCGCCAGGAUAAUGUCGAGCGACAAGUUCACCAUCACUGAGCAUGUCGUCCCCUGUUGCCACAUUCGCGAAUACCCGGGGAGCACUGUCCAGCAGGAGGAUCUCCUGAAGCUUCAUGUCAAGCAAUAUACCCCUAAGCAUCAACCUCAGCCUGUCCCACCCGAUGCUAUCACUUUCAUUGCUGCUCAUGGAGCGGCUCUGCCCAAGGAGCUUUACGAACCUCUGUGGGACGAACUACUAGCGCAGGCAACUGGCUUCCAUAUCCGUAGCAUCUGGGUAGCCGACUGCGCUAGUAUGAGUGCCAGUGGAAUUCUAAAUGAGGACAAGCUCAGUAUAGAUUUCUCCUGGAUGGAUCAUCCACGGGACCUGCUGCUCAUGAUCAACCACUUCCGGGAGCAGAUGCCCCGUCCUCUCGUUGGAAUUGGCCAUAGCUUCGGCGGGAAUAUCAUCACCAAUCUCGCCUAUCUCCACCCACGCCUAUUCACGACUCUCCUCCUCAUCGACCCCGCCAUCCAGCUCAACCCUCCCCCAAUGGGCUUCGGCACGGACGCCCCCGGGGCGAUCAACUACACGCUCCGGCGCAAGGACGUGUGGCCCAGCCGCGAGGCAGCAGUCCGCGCCAACCGCAGCCUUUUCCACGGCUGGGAUCCUCGCUGCGUGGAUCUCAUGGCCCGAUACGGGUUCCGCGAUCUGCCAACCCGGCUGUAUCCCGACGUAGCGGCGAUCCAGGCGCGCUUUGACUCCUCCGACACGCCGGUGACGCUCACCACGACCAAGUAUCAAGACCUCGUGGCGCAGAUCCGGGAGAAUUUCAGCGCCCGUAACCCCACGACUGGAAGGAUUGAGAUUCCCCAGGCUACCCAUGCGGAUAUGGACCCGCCGGCGGCUUUUAUCCCCCUUUAUCGCCCGGAACCUCGCAGUACCUUCUUCCGUCUGCCGUCCCUUCGGCCCUCUUGUCUGUGGGUUCUGGGUGGGGCGACGUAUUUAAACCUCGAUGAGAUGCGCCUUGCGAUCCAGACUUGUGGAACUGGGGUUGGUGGGAGUGGUGGGGUGCCGGAGGGAAGAGUCAAAGAGGUCACUCUCCCUGGAUUGGGCCAUCUGAUGCCGUUUCAGAACGUGGGGACUGUGGCAGAGCCAUGUGUGGCUUGGCUACAGGACGAAAUGGAUCGUUUCCGGCGCAUGGAGCGGGAGUGGGAGGAGGCGAGAAAGGGGAAGAGUCAUUUAGUCGUGGAGGAGAACUGGUACAAGGUUUUGAGGCCGUUGGAUGUCAAGCCGAGCAAGAGCGGGGGCAAGGCGAAGUUGUAGUUGCUGUAACCCACCUAUCGUAGCAUUUCUUGGAUGUAAAUCAGAGGGCACUGACUGACUGAUUCACACAUAUUUGGUAGACGGGGGUUGUUGAUUAUGGAGACAUCACUUAUUGCCAUGUUGGGAAGGAGCUUGGUCGAAGUGAAACAGGGGGUCUGAAGAUUGUGUAUAUAUCUCUAGACACUAGAAAUUGACAAGUGAUUACUU